AUGUCACUUGACUCGCUACCGACUGAGCUUUUCCUUCGGGUGAUGUCUUAUCUAGACUCCCCGGAGGACCGGAAUGCUCUUGCUAGGACAAGCCGCCGAUGCCACUCACUUUUAAACCGCGAACUUUACAUUCUUUCUAUUGUCGAUAUCAAUUUCCACGGGCUCUUUUGGGCAGCCCGAAGAGGCCAGCUAGGAACCCUCCAACGCUUCUUGGAUGCAGCAUCCCCUGGCUUUCACAUGAUUUGCGAUGGUUUGGAUGUUAAAUGGCGGCCCACCUGGGGCGCCAGAUUCAAUGGGGACCUCCUUCAGUGCAUUCCGGUAUUCAAUUAUGAGGGGCAUAUUGGGUACUACGGCAAUAAACAUAUGCCCUUUUUCUCCCUCUACCGGGAUGCACUGGUCGAGGCGGCCCUUCAUGGACAAAUGCAAGCAUUCCAACUCCUCGCGGGACACAUCCCAUGGCAUCUGAGCGAGAUAGAUUGUCACGAGUCUGGUGAGGAUGCAGGGUGGCUGUCACUCAGCCAUCUUGCAGCACUCCAUAACCAGCCCACAUUAAUGCAAUUACUCCUUAAUGAUGGAGUUAAUUUGAUGUCCGACUUCCCUCAAAACGUCCAAGAAAACACACCCUCGCCCUUCCACAUCGCCUGUAGGGAGGGGCAUGUGGAGGUUUUGGAAAUCCUACUUCGACAGAGAGUUGAGCCCGACAUGCUCGACUUCAAUGGCGUCACACCAAUGAUACUUGCAAUAUCCUGGGGCAACGGAGAGGUCGUUCAAAUUCUCCUCGAUUACGGAGCGGACGCCUAUCAAACAUUUCGCUUAUUUUCCAUUCUAUCUCUGGCUACAGUGUAUGGUGAAGCUUCCGUGCUGGAAAUCUUGCUGCAGACUGGCUUAAGUCCCGAUGGCUUAGAUGCAAACGGAAACUUGCACCCUAUCAUUGGAACGCAAACAAGAGAGUUGCAUACUGGAGAGAUGAGGCAACAUUCCUCCUCCUCAAUAAGUCAAUCCAGCUAUCGUACGCCUUUGGCCCUCGCUGCACUUUUGAAUGAGCCGCAAUGUGCCCGGAUACUGCUUGAACAUGGCGCCAAGCCCAAUUUCGUCGAGCCAAACGGAGAGAUCCCGCUUCACAUAGCCCUCGAGCAUGGGAGUUUGGAAACUGCCUCGAUCCUAAUUCAAGGUGGAGCAAGACGCGACAUGAUCGACGGUCUAGGAAACACUGCAAUUCACUAUGCAUUAUUGCCCGGUGACGGCCAUUGGAGCAUUCUUGAGUCUCUGACACUUCUCAUUGACAAUGGCUCCCCCGAGAUCACGCCUGAAUGGAUAUUCCGAGUACUAGAGUAUGAACACUCUCAUCCAGGAGUUUCUCUACCACCCGCUAUCAUCAAGGCUCGAGAGACGGUCAGUGGUCCACCAUCCUAUUGCCAACAUUGUGACUCACUCCGCUCAUGCGACCGCAGACACAGUGAUGACUCUUUCUACCAAAGGCUUUACGAGCCUGGAGCUCAAUGCCAAUGUGCCAAAGCAGUGGAGCUUUUCCUCAAUCAAGGCAUACAUGUUGAUGCUUACGAGCCCUCGGUCGCACUUUGUUGUACCGAGCCGCGUAUUGGCUGUGUACUGAUAUCAUAG